AUGAAGCGGAUGGCCAACUUUGUAGUCGUUGGCCACGUCGACCACGGCAAGAGUACGCUCAUGGGCCGCCUGUUGUACGACCUCAAGGUCAUCGACCAGCGAUCAAUUGACAAGCUGCGCAAAGAGGCCGAGACAAUAGGGAAGUCGUCGUUUGCGCUGGCGUGGGUCAUGGACGAGACGAGCGAGGAGCGCAGCCGCGGUGUCACCGUGGACAUUGCGACGAACUACUUCGAGACCGACACAUCGCGCUUCACCAUCCUGGACGCUCCCGGCCACAAGGACUUCAUCCCGAACAUGAUCUCGGGCUCUUCGCAAGCAGACUUUCCCGUGCUGGUCAUCGACUCGAGCACCAACAGCUUCGAAGCGGGCUUGAAGGGGCAGACAAAAGAGCACAUCCUCAUCGCGCGAAGUAUGGGCAUGCAGCACAUCAUCGUUGCCGUCAACAAAAUGGACACCGUGGCGUGGUCCAAAGGGCGCUUCGACGAGAUAACGAAGAAGAUGACGGCCUUCCUGACGGAAGCCAGCUUUGCCGAGAAGCGCAUCACCUUCAUCCCGCUGGCCGGUCUCACAGGCGAGAACGUCGUCAACAAGAUCGAGAACCCGGCUGCCGACUGGUAUACGGGCGAGACGCUCCUGGAAGCGCUCGAGCGCAUCGAGCUGCCCCAGCGCCAGCUCGAGAAGCCGCUCCGUCUUUCCGUGGCUGAUGUGUUCCGCGGCGACAUGCGCUCUCCCCUCAGCAUAUCCGGCCGCAUCGACGCAGGCACUCUCCAGGUCGGCGACGUCAUCCUCGCACUGCCCGCCAACGAAACAGCAACCAUCAAAUCCAUCGAAGUCCAGGACGCCCCGGUCGACUGGGCCGUCGCAGGCCAGAUCCCGACUCUCCACCUCACCGACAUCGACCCCGUGCACCUGCGCCAGGGCGACAUGGUGUGCUCGCCGCGAGCGCCCGUCAAGCUCGUCAAAGCCUUCACCUCGAAGCUGCUGGCAUUUGAGCACGUCCUGCCCAUGCCCGUCGAAGUCUUCCGCAGCACGCUCAACAGCCCCGGCAGCAUCCGCGUGCUGAGCGCCAAGCUGAACAAGUUCACGGGCGAGGUGACCAAGAAGAAGCCGCGCAUCGUCAAGCCCGGCGAAGUCGCGCGUGUUGUUGUGCAGCUGGAGCGCGAGCUGCCGAUCGAAGAGGGCAUGCGCGUUGUUGUGCGCGAGCGCGGGCGGACGGUUGGCGCCGGGCUGAUGGAGAAUGUUGCCUGA